ACCCUAGCUUUUGUUCUAGAGAGAAUUCAAGAACCAAGUUUUUUUUUUUUGAAUAAGCAUGAGCAGUCUUGAAGAAUCCUUGAGAUCUCUAUCGUUGGAUUUCCUAAACCUACUAAUCAACGGUCAAGCUUUCUCCGACGUGACUUUCAGCGUUGAAGGUCGUUUAGUCCACGCUCACCGUUGUAUCCUCGCCGCACGGAGUCUUUUCUUUCGCAAGUUCUUCUGUGGGACAGACUCACCACAACCUGUCACUGGUAUAGACCCGACCCGACAUGGGUCCGUACCCGCUAGCCCAACAAGAGGCUCCACGGCCCCAGCUGGAGUUAUACCAGUGAACUCAGUCGGUUAUGAGGUGUUUCUGUUGCUACUUCAGUUUCUUUAUAGCGGACAAGUCUCCAUCGUGCCGCAGAAACACGAGCCUAGACCUAAUUGUGGCGAGAGAGGAUGUUGGCACACUCAUUGCUCAGCCGCCGUUGAUCUUGCUCUUGAUACUCUCGCCGCCUCUCGUUACUUCGGCGUCGAGCAGCUCGCAUUGCUCACUCAGAAACAAUUGGCAAGCAUGGUGGAGAAAGCCUCUAUUGAAGAUGUGAUGAAAGUUUUAAUAGCAUCAAGAAAGCAAGACAUGCAUCAAUUAUGGACCACUUGCUCUCACUUAGUUGCUAAAUCAGGUCUCCCGCCAGAGAUUCUAGCCAAACAUCUCCCUAUCGACGUUGUCGCCAAAAUAGAAGAGCUUCGUCUGAAAUCUUCUAUAGCUCGUCGUUCUUUAAUGCCUCACAACCACCACCAUGAUCUCAGCGUGGCUCAAGACCUAGAAGAUCAAAAGAUUAGAAGGAUGAGACGAGCUUUGGAUUCAUCAGACGUGGAGCUAGUGAAGCUGAUGGUUAUGGGAGAAGGACUCAAUCUUGAUGAGUCAUUAGCAUUGCAUUACGCUGUUGAAAGUUGUAGUAGAGAAGUUGUCAAGGCUUUGCUUGAACUUGGAGCUGCCGACGUGAAUUAUCCGGCGGGUCCCGCGGGAAAAACGCCGUUGCACAUUGCUGCUGAGAUGGUCUCUCCAGACAUGGUGGCUGUUCUGUUAGACCACCACGCUGAUCCUAAUGUACGGACAGUUGGUGGAAUCACUCCUCUUGAUAUCCUUAGAACAUUAACUUCGGAUUUCUUGUUCAAGGGGGCAGUUCCUGGAUUGACUCACAUUGAACCGAACAAGCUUAGGCUUUGCCUCGAGCUUGUUCAAUCCGCUGCAAUGGUGAUAUCUCGAGAAGAAGGAAACAAUAGCAACAAUCAAAAUAAUGAUAACAAUACCGGGAUUUACCCUCACAUGAAUGAAGAGCACAAUAGUGGAAGCAGUGGAGGGAGCAAUAACAAUUUGGAUUCAAGAUUGGUUUAUCUCAAUCUUGGAGCAGGUACGGGUCAGAUGGGUCCAGGUCGAGAUCAAGGGGAUGACCAUAUCAGUCAGAGGGAAGGUAUGAGUCGGCAUCAUCAUCAUCAUCAAGACCCAUCUACAAUGUAUCAUCACCAUCAUCAACAUCACUUCUAGUUCUCUCUAUUGGUCUCUAUAUCUCAACCAUUCAGACUCAAAAUAUAUUUAUUAAUUUAGU